AUGAUUGGCAUCGCUGAAGCCGUCUCUGAAGCACCAUGUGAUGGAGACCACUGCAGCUGCACCUACGUGUUGGAGGCGGCGCUGGGGGAGGAGGUGGAGAUGGUGCUGGUGGACGAAGGCACUACUGGUGCCGAGAACCACCCCUUCCACCUGCACGGGUACAGCUUCCACGUUGUGGCCAUGGGGCACCUCGGCGGCAAGACGACUCUGGCGGAGGUGAAGGCCCUGGAGGCUGCCGGCGGCAUCACCCGCAAGCUGACCAACGCUGUCAAGAAGGACUCGGUGACCAUCCCUGACGGAGGGUACACCGUCAUCAGGUUCACCGCUGACAACCCUGGUUGGUGGUUGAUGCACUGCCAUUUGACUUUCCACUCGGAGCUCGGUAUGGCUGCUGUGUUGCACGUUGGUAAUCCUUCAGACCUGCCCCCGGUCCCUCAGGGUUUCCCAGCUUGUGGUACUUUCAUGCCCCAGUUAUAAGGUUAUCUGAUCUGUCCGCAACUAGAAAGAUACUCGUCCAUCACGUCAGUGUGACACUCCUCCUGUGACCAUCAUCAGGCCAGCUCUGAGGAACUUCCAGAAGUGUUCAUCGCGUCUCGCUUCCUCCCAAGUGGAUCACAUCCAAUGAAGAAGGAUUAGUUAGAUAUCCAAACAUCUGCUUCUCCAGAACUCAUUCA